AUGCAAGUCCAGCCUAGUGUCUUUGUGAGUAGACUACAGAAGAUGGUGGAGGGCCAGAUUGUCUUUUGGUGUCAAGGUGACGGCUUUCCUGAGUCUGCUUUCGAAUUAGCCUACACAACGAACAUGCUCCCUAUCCCUUCCGGAAUGAUUCUUACCGAUUCUGACGCCUCCGUAAUACUCCAGGAGGCCCUCGACUUGCUGGCAUAUGACCUAAUAGUCGGCAUUAUUGCUGCCUCUGCCAACUCAUCUGCGGCCAUUGACAGCUUCCUAGCAUCGGGAAACGUCUCUUUCCAACGAGCCAGUGGAGCAAGUUCUUCAGACCAACAAGCCCAGCAGUACAACUUGAUGCUGUCGCCCAAUGAUUUCCAGGCGGUGUUCUCCAAUGACUCAAUACUUGACUAUGAUAUGGGUCAAGUCAACCUUCCUGUUAUACUGAACGGCUCCUCUUCAAAUUAUCUCCAGGCGCUGACUGCAGCAUUUCUGGCUGAUAUCGGCAUCUGGAACGUCGGCAAUAUUUUUGCCUCCCCGGAGUUGCUCAACGCGACAAUAGACAGGAAUGACCCCGUUUCCGCUGAGCUUUCUCAGAACCCUGCUCUAUACUUAUGGCAGGACCCGUUAGAGCCAGGCGCUCAGGUUCUACGUACUGGAAUGCUGAGUUCAUCGCCCGACAGCCCUAUCAUCCCUACUGCGAAUCAGUCUUCGGCAGUGAUUGCUCUCAGCUAUUUGUGCCAAGUGCAGCAGAGGAAGGAGUUGCUGGACUUGAUCAUCUCGGUUAUCGUCGCCGACGCAUCUAUGUUCGGGGCAUUCUGGGGUAUUUUCAUGUUCGCAGCGGCGACGCUGGUGAACCGCCGCAGCGCAAAAGCAAACUAUUGUGAUGCACAUGCGGAGGUGCGUCCAACCUCCAUGACCAGCGGGUACUCUGUCAAGGAAGUUGAAGAUGGAGUGAAAUCGAGGGAGGUCCCUCCACGGCCGGGCAAGGAGGAAGUGUAG